GUCGUCGCCGCCGCAACUUUUCUUGCACUUCGGAGGAGCGGCGAGGGCAGAAGCGCGCCAGACGCCGGAGGGAAGGCGAGCGCCGGGAGCGACUCUGCGCCGCGCGGCGGAGCAUGUAGCCGCGGGGAGAAGGAAGGAAGGAAGGAAGUCGGUCGAGGGGAAGAGGCACCUUCGCGCCACCGCGGGCCAUGGAUUGGGGCAGCCGCCGCCGCCUCCCGCUUUGAAGCCCGGAGGAGCUCGCCUUGCGCCCCCCCCGCCCCCCCGUCUUGACUGGCUUGCAAUGGAGGGACGCAGCCUGGGCACGGCUCGACAGCCCCGGGCGCCCCGUGGCAGCGGGUAGGCAGCAGGCGAGCGCCGGAGGGAGCCUGCAGGCGCGCUCCGGAGGCACCCAACCCGCCGCUGCAGCACCACCAGCACCACUACCUGGGCCGGUCUGAGCCCCAGAGCCGAGCGAGGAGCUGCCAGCCUGGGAGCCGGUCCCGUCCCCUCGCGACCGCGGAUGGACCUUGCGAAGGAGGCGCCUCUGCUCCGUCGCUGGAGCGGCCCGGCCCGGCCCGGCCCGGCGGAGAUCCCUUGCCAGCCUUUCUCUGCCUCGGAGCGUACGGCGGCGAUUUGGGCUUCGCACCGCCUCGCUUGUGGAUUACUUGGCUGCUAAGCUAGGCUCGCUUUGGCGGGUCUCGCUCUUCUCCUCGCCCGUCCGCCCCCGACCACCCCCCAUCCAUCUUCGACGCUUUCUCCCUCCCGCAACAACAAUGGAGGUGAGUAACACAACUUAGGAAUGGGAAAGCGGGGCGGGGGCUCGAAAUCCGCUGGGCUGCGGGAAGGAGCGGGGUCCGAAGCGAUGGCUGGAUUUGCUCCAAAUUUGCGAUCGGGGGGAAAUCGUCGAAAGAGAGAGAGAGAGCGCGCUUGAAAAUUAGCUCCUUGGAGAGGGAGGGCGCGAGAAGGAGGCUGUGGCUUCGGAUUUCUUACAAAUAUUUGGCUUAAGGUGAAACUGACGAGAGCGAAAGAAUGAGAACAUAGGCUUCCCUCUCUCUUCACCGCGUUCAUUCAGGAGCCCCUCUUUGCGCGCGCUUCCUCGCCGGUCAGAACUCUCCAGUCUCGCAACAAACCUGUUGCUGCAAAAUGCUCCGAUUCUGCCCCACCCUUCCCAUAAUGUCCCCCCCCCCCCGUCUUAGUAUUGUUGAUUUCCUUGGAAAGCCCUUAUCUGUUCUUUUCAGAACUUAUUCCCAGCGCCUAAAGCUUCUCAGUCUAACCCACCCCCCGGGCCAUCCGCCACCUCCAAGGCAGAUCGAGGUUUAUAGGACAUCUCUUGCAGCUUUCUCCCGUGCGGACUUGUGUUGAAGAACCCGGGCAUGGCAGACAUGGAGGCCUGUACCUUUAAGAGAACUUGGCUCGUGGCCAGGGAAAAACCUGGCCGCUUUUCUUCUCCUCCUCCUCCUCCACCUCAGUCCCUCAAAUUUUGCUCUCUGUUUCUGCAUAUUGUCACUUUGCAUCUGUAAAGCGUUCCGCUUGUGUUGGAAGGGGAGGACAGAAGGGGCUUUGCUUUGUCCCCCCUCCUUGCUCCCCCCUCCAAUUCUCGCUGUCCCUUUGAUGCUCCACAUUGAGGAGGUUGUGUGUGUUUGUUUUUAAUUGUCAAUUGUAUGCUAAAUUAGUUACAGUCGCGAGGUCACCGGGAGUUCAGUUUCACCCAGAAACUAAUCUUUUUGAGGGAUGGCGGGGCGGGGGGCGGAGGAGAGGCGAAGGAGAGAUCCAGGGAGAUCUUGAACGAAAGUCCCGGGAUAUCAUUUAAUAUGUAAGAACAGGGGUGCGAGGAGAAAAGGCAACCUUUUCCCUCCCCUCUUCCACCUCCCGGAGUUUUAGUAUAUGAGUAGCUUUCCUUGUUUAAAAAUUGCAGCCCAUAAAACCUUGGAAUGCUUCGCCCGCUUUUCUUAGACAGCCCCCCUUCCUUUCCAAAACCCCCUCCCCUCCAGGGCAAGGUGGUGGGCUCGCUCUUGGCCCUGCAAAGCCGUCCAGCCGGCCCGCCUCGGCAAUUGUUCCUGCGUUUUACAACCCACCCGAGCCCAGGGGGCUCGCAGUCUGCAUGCCUACUUACCUAAGGUAGAGCUAGCAUUAAAACAGCGGCCAUAAAACCAGAUGCCCUAACAGGCUUUCCAGACCUCCUGUGCUCUUUUUUUCUUUUUUAAUGGGGGGGGGGAGAGAGAAGCAAGUUUAGGAUCGCAGGCGGGCGAGCCCUUCUGGCUGCUCUUGGGGAGGGAUGAUUUGCACUCCCGAAAAAGAAAACGUUUUAAAAUAGCUGAUUUCCCCCGCAAAAAGCAAUGGGCUGCUCUGUCCGGGGGCUGCCUUCGAACGCGAAGUUUAAAGGGUCCGGUCCUAAUGGACUCUUCGGCGGCAUGUUUCCAGUGUUCGCCGGGCAUUUCAAAAAACGGUUCCGGGAGACUUGGUGGCGCUGCACACCACCGGGCCUUUCUUUUUGGCGCCCUCCGAAGGGGGUCUCCGCCUCCGAGCUCUUUCUCCGUUCUGGAUCAGGCUGAACGGAAUAACCCCACGAAAUGGUGAAGUAUUACUUCUAACAAAAAGAGAGGGCGAAACGCGGAGAGAGGCACCAUCCCUCUUUCUCUGGCCCCCUAGUGUAGCGUCCCGGGGCUUCGUUUGACGGCUUCGGCUGCCCUCUAUUGGGGGCGGCAGAGAACGGCUUCCGCGUCCAACUAGGCUCUCUCGCCUUUAAAACAAAGCCGGCUCCGCCAUAAACCAGGUUUUAAAUAUUAGAUCUAUAGCUCGAUCUGGGCGCAGAAGAUCACUCAGAUGCAGCUAUACUAGCGUUAAUCCUCCGAGCCUAAUAUUUCGACUAGGCGCGCGCGGAGUUUGAAAGGAAACUCCUCCCGAAGAAUCUCCUUGCGCCCCAGGAUUCCGAAGUCAAGGCCUGCCGGUGUCACGAUCACAGCCGAAACUGGGUUUGUGUGGCAGCGAUGGGUUUUCUCAUUCGGAUAUACUGUAUAUAUUUUCUUUAAGUCCCUAUCUGUGGAUGACUUUUGGAGAGUCUGUCCUGCUACCCCGCGCGCCCACACCCCCUUGACAAUCCCCCUAGGACUGCGCAUCCUUGGACACCCUCCUCCCCCCCCGCCUUGACUCCGCCAGCAUCUUUGCGUGAGGCGUUCCCUUGCGACGGACGGGCUUGCAUCUCCGGCGGCGCGCUGCCCUCGUCGGGAAGAAAGUGGUAGAGCUCUGAGGCUGGGACCGCGAAGUUGCUGUCUUGUUCGCACAGCGCUUUGAGAGAGGCGCAAGGCGCCCGACGGGCGGUGCCGACGUAGUCCAUCGCUCAUUCAACAGUCCCAUAAGACAGGCGGAAAAACCGAGGGAAUCGGGCCACACAGGGAGCCAGUGGCAAAAAGGCGGGGCGGGGGGGGGGCGUUGAACCUCUUAUGUGCACAUCGGCCGAAACACACACAUUGGCUUCUCUCUCUAGCUGGGGAUUUAUUCCCUUCUGUUAUUUGCACACGCACAUGAGUUUUGCAUCCCCCCGACGGCUGCGGGGGCUUUCUGUUCCUCUCCAGCCUCGCCUUCUCUGCUCCUUCCCCGUCCCCAAUUUGCUGGAGCGUGGCCGGCUUUAUGGGGCAUGAACUCUCCACAUUCCUUCAAGGCGCUUCAGACUGCCGGGGAAAUAAAUCGGGCGCCGUCAGCGGCCCGUCACUAGACGCGCAACCCCCUCCGGCCUGUUCCCCCAAAUUCCUGCAGCCUUGUGUCAUGCUUUGCUCGGGGAGGAAGGCCGCUCCGCGGGGCUACGUUGGCCCUUGGCUUCCUCCCGAGGUACGGUAGGAGCUCCUUGGUUGAUAAGGUGAUUUAUAUAUGUAGAUCUGUAGUAAGGGGAAUCGGGCUGUGGGUGGACGAGGCCCUCUGGACGCAGCAAAGUUCAGGCCUGCCUAGGCGCGAGACGGCAAGCGCGGGGACCCCGCGAUAGGCCGGGCAGGGCCAAGUUUCCUCGCUCGGGCCCUUCCGGCGCCAGAGCCGCCUUCCUCGUGGCGCGAUCGCUUGGCUCUAAGGCGCAAGGGAGUCCACCGGUGGCAACGCACCGGCCUUGGAGCCUGGGGGAGCCGCUCCGCCACCGGCGAGCCUCCGAAAAGCCCCCUCGUUUCCGCGAUCCGGUGUACUCUACAAGGCCCUUCUUGGAACCCAGCCCACUGAAGCGAGAGGCGCCCACAGCUCUCCGCACCGAUAUCCGUCGAGCCCGCGAAGCGCUCUGACUAUUAUUAAGCCCCCUGGAAUAACGGCGUCCGACGUCCUAAGGCAAGACCGGCGUUAGAGGGGAACGGCGACGCGGUCUGGACGGGUUUGUCAAUCGGAUUAGGUGGAAUGCGCCUACUUGAAAGGCCAAACUAGCGCGUGAGUCUGGAGUGGAGACCAAGUAGCUUCUCUUUGCUUGCAUUAUUAGGGCGUCAUCUGUCCCUUAUCGGAUUCUUGUAAUCGGGCCAAUAAAAAUCCAGCCAUGGGAGCCUUAUGCGCGCAUUAUUUACUUGGGAGUAAACUCCACCGAAGCCGCCGGGGCUUCAUUUCUCUGUUGUUAUAAGCUUGGACGGCUACUGCUUUUCUGGAUCGAUCUGUCCCUCGCUCUACGUUUCUGUUUACACGGACUUGAAUGGUGCACUUCACGCGGAUCGAGUCCUUUAUAUCUUGCGUGCAAAAGUCCCGGUUGCUGUCCAAAGUGGCGCUUGGAGCGCUGAGGGCCACAGAUCUACACCCCACCCGCCGCAUUUUUUGCUCCUGUGACACUCACUCUCGAGUAGCCCCGUUCAGUUCACACACACAAACUCGGAUCGGUUGGCUCCAGAGGACGAUUUCGAGGUGCGACAUUCCAGACUCUGGAAUGCCUCACGUAACAUUAAACGGGCGGGGCGGGACAGGUUACCAGAGUGCGGCCGCCAGAUAGAACUUCGGGCUGCAAAUUCUUCUCCAUAGUCCUUUUUACAGCAAGAACAAGGGUUUGCUCCCAGUUCAUCAAAGGGAGCAAUGAAUCUUCUUCCCCUGUGAAAAAGAGCUGGUUUCCUUUGACUCCAUUUGCCCGGAUAAUUGGAAAGGGAACAAGCAGCCCCCUAUCGCCAUUUGGCAGUACAUGGAAGGGUUUCCUAUAUCGUUCCCCCACUGUAACCAGAAAUCGGCUGCGCGGAGGAGGGGGUGGGAAGAGAGGAGUCGAACUAGGGGGUCUAACUCGCCUCAGGUCCCUGCCCAAGGUCGGAGGAGCUUCCAAUAUUCCCGUCUCCCCCGCCGUGCGCUUCCAACUGGAUGGUCCCAGGGGCCCAGGUCACUGUCCUCUUAUUGCCCCCUCGCCCAGAAGAGAGAGCUCUGCGCUCAUCGGCUGCUUCAACUGCGGCGCGCUGCGGCAGACGCGUUUCUCCGCCGCGCGCCUUGUUGCCCCCCCCUCCAUACGGCUCUGUCUUAACUUAUCCAGAUAACACAGUGAGGAGCGGGAUGUGGGGUGGGGUGGGGGUGGCACUGUCCGUCUCUGCGGGGUUUUGGUUUGUGUCAGAGCCCUAGGUCUUGCUGUCUGUGAUGGGGGGGAGGAGGCGGGACGGGAUGAGACGGGGGAUUUUAUGCGCGGACGUUGGGGAGGAGCGAUGGCCGGCGGCGAAAAACGUGCUUUGCAAACACCUUCCUGAGCAAGAUCCGUUUUGACGAUUCUCGUCUGGAAGCGGCUCCUAUAAUUAAAAAGGAGGAGGCGCGCGUCGUUCUAAUCCGAAGCCGAGCGCCGCGGCUGGGACGCGGGUGCUGUUGUCCUCCCUCCCCGUCGACUGACCGUCGCUCUCCACUUGUUGCGCGCUCCGCGUCUGAGCAGCAAAGCGCGGAAGGGGUUGGCAACGGCCUUCUUUUUCUUUCCGGAGGCGGAUGGUGUGUGUAUUUGUGUGUGUCCAUAAAACUGUGGGCUGGGCGCCGCUGCUACUCAGCUUUUUCCUCCUCCUUAUCGAGACUGCUUUGGGAUUCACUCAAAAGCCGAGCCUUCGCGGCGAGGCGGGUGAAUGAACUUGGAGCAGACACUGGCUUGGCCACUGCACAAGUCCCUGGCUGAGGCGCAGAAGGACCGCCGCCUCUCCCAGACCCCCGGGGGGCUGCGCUUUGUUCCCUCGUGAGAUGGUCCGGUCCAGGCCAUAAAAGCUUCUCGCUCUCUUCUUCCCUCCCCUGCAGAAGUCCAUGGGAACCUUAGUCCAAGGUGGAGCUCUGUGGACAGAGGCAAUGACUUCUAAGUACCUCUUUCUGAGUCUGGCCAUCUUCUCUUCACUUAUCCAAGUUGUGAUAGAAGCCAGCUCUUGGUGGUAAGCUUUUUAAUAUUUUCAUCAUCUGUACAAAUUAAUUAAUCCCCCUCCCUUUUUUAAAAAAACCCCAUUCAAUAAGGUGGAGGAGGCCUAGUUUGCUCCUGGGAAAAUAAAAACUAUGAACACCCUGAAUCCAUUUUUCCUAUUCUUUUAGGAGGGAUGGAGGGGAAAGGAUAGGCAGCCUGCAUUUAUGUAGUCAUUCAAAUCCUGGUUUGGAAUAAGUAGUACUCUAGAAACUAAAUUAAAUGUAAAAUUGUAAUCGGGAAUGUCCUCCUGGCUUUCUAGACACAUCUGUGCAGAAGUGAGCCGCAUAUUUUUGAGUCCUGUGUGUUUAGGGUCUUGCUGGUUUCAGCUCAAAAGAAUUGUGCAAAUGAGGCUGUGAAACCCUAGGCACACUUACUGGGGAGUAAGCUCCCUUUUUCUGAAUAGAAUUUGCUUCUGAGUAAACAGGCACACAUGUUGAGGUCUUUAAGACAUUGGGUGAAUAAGGCGUUUGGUGACAGGAUUCACUUGUGUGCCAAUUCUUGAUUGUGAAUUUUUAAAUGAUGGCAUGAGGGGAGGGAGGCCCUCGAAAUCCCAUUUAAUUUAUCUGGCCUGCAUUACAUCCUUUAUGGAUCAUGAGACCGAACUUUUGGAUGGUAACAAUUCUCUUGCUACAGAAGAUUCUCUAGUGUCUGAUAGUUAUUUUUCUUUUUAAAAAAGAUUGACAUGGCAUGUUAGAGAAUGAAGCGUGUUCUGGGAGCAUCUUGGAUUUUGUUUCCAGGUUUGAAAAAAGAAAAAAAUCCAUAGGGAUGGAUAGUGUGAAAUUUGAAGCCUAGGAGGGGAGACAGCCUAAGAGGGGGGCAACCAUCAUAUUUAGAUAGCUGCAUAAUUCAGUGUCUGUCUCAAUAAAUUCAUGCAUGUGGUUUACUUUAGCUUUCCAACCAUUGAACGAAGCUGAAGACACACACACCCGGCACCUUUCCCACAUUUUGGCCGCCGUCCCCAGCAGACCAAAUGGAACAAGCAAAUUUGUUUCAGGGCUGGGUUCCAUGUCUGUGGAAUCCACACAGCAUGUGCAUUCAGCUGCUGUUCUUGAGCUUAUUGCUGCAACCCUUUGUCUUUUCACAGGUCUCUGGGUAUGAACCACAUGAACCCCAUGAACCCCGUUCAGAUGCCGGAGGUGUACAUCAUUGGAGCCCAGCCCCUUUGCAGCCAACUGGCCGGGCUCUCCCAAGGACAAAAGAAACUCUGCCACUUGUACCAGGACCACAUGCAGUACAUCGGAGAGGGUGCCAAGACGGGGAUCAAGGAAUGCCAGUAUCAGUUCCGCCACAGAAGAUGGAAUUGUAGCACUGUGGAUAACAACUCUGUUUUUGGCAGAGUCAUGCAGAUAGGUAGGACGGGCCUGGGAGUUGUGUGUGCUGGAUUUACGUCAUGGUGUGUGUGCUAGGAAAACCUGCCAGGUUCUUUAUGCGCCAUUGAAACCUGUCAAGAAGGAGAAAGCUAAAUGGCCUUUAGCCCAGAGAUCCUUCCUGUGAAACUAGAAGCACAUGGGGACCACUGGUGGUAUGGAACAGGAAGAGUAGCAUUGCCAUUCUCACCUUGUCCUGAUGCAGAUUAAAAUUAAGCCAGAUCUAAAUUUAAAGGAGGAAGCAUGAAAACAAGUCGUUUUCAGCCAGAACAGGGUCAUUUUUAUGUCUGGGAUUCCAAAGCUGUGUGACAAUUGAAUUGGACUCCGGAUUAACCACACGCCAGCUUUUUGUCAUGCCAUAAUUUUUAUGUUUAGUCCAUUUCCCCUUCACAGCCCAAUUCUGUGUGUGUUUGGAAGCAAGCCCCCAAAGUGCUCAAUGUGGCUUACUCCCUAGUUAAGUGUGCUUUAAGACUGUAGCCUUUCCCCCCCUAGCAAAAUAAUUUUUGUUUCAAGGGGAUUUCAAUUUAGAAAUGAAAGAUGUUGGCACUCGCAGUCAACGUGCUUUCAUUGAGGCUAAGAACAUAGGUAGGUGUUGCAUGUGUUUAACCAUAAUUGUUAUGGUUAAUUAAAAAUGCUGUCUUGGAGCAAUCUCCCAAUCCCUGUAUGCUGAGAGUGUAGCUUCUGUUAGUUGCUUUUGACAGGGCCCUUCUGCUGUAGAGCUCACAUCAGCAUAAAUACUGCCCCUGCUUAAAUUACAAGGGUUAAAAGGCAGCAUCACUCUAAUGACUGAUGGGUUGCUCCCCCUCCCCAACUAGAAUAAUGGCAUUUCUAGUAUACAUUCAAAUCUAUACAUCUCUCUCCAUGUCCCCUCCCCAGCCUCAAACGCACAACUUGUGUAUACCAGCAUCUCAGAAUGCAGAGAUCUAAAUCUAAUUUUAAAUCCCGCUUUUUGAAAUCGGAUAGGGAAGGAUUGGAAUGACUUUAAAAUUAGAUUAAAGGUAACUUCAUUUAUGCAUUGAGUAGGCUUCUGCAUUGCUUGCAGGGAUGCUGUUAAGUCACAUUUACCCUAGAAGUUAAUUUUAUGUAAAAAUAAGCUUUACAAAAUCUCAGAUUAAACAUUUUCCAUGCCUCCCCCCCUCCAAAAAAAGGAACUAAGUGGAAACACUUGUUUAUUGAAGACUUAAGUUUUCUCCUGCAGCUUUGCAUUACAGAUGCUGUAGAACUGAGAGCUUUAGAAUAGCUGGUCAGAUUAUCACUGCCCCAUACUGAAAAAAAUAAACAAAAACAGUACAGCAAAAGCCUGAAAGUACUGAAACCUUAAGCGUUUGUAUACCUGGUCAGGUAUGUUCCAGCCUUGAAGACUCAUGUCUAAGUUGCCAUGGUCUCUUUUUGCAGACUUUGCAUCUACAAGUCCUGGAAUGGGUCCCCAUUGCUUCCAGGUCUCUGUUUCUUCUCCACAAGACAUCUGCAUGUAUUUAUUUUUAUUUAGUAGGGUAAUUGGCCACUUAGAUUAACUGAAAAUAGAAGUGAGUGUAAUGUGUGCAUUGAGCUGUUAAAGAUCCUGAAAAGUGUAUUCAUUGAGAACAAGUAUGUGCUCUCAUUGCAUAGUUGGGUCUAGUUUCCUCGAAUAAACUAUUGGAUUGGUUGCUGUUUCUCUUGAAUGGGGGACAAGAUCUCAGCUUUGGUGCCCUUCUUCUUGCAUAGACAUGGCUCAGCCUUACAGGGCUAUAAAUCCACUUACAGUGUGCAGUUAGGACAAAAGAUUGUGCCAGUUUGGGCUCUCUGCCUGGAUCUGUAUGUUUCUCUAUGAUGUCUUUGCUGAUUGACCUGAAAGAAUUAUGAGCUGAUAGUGGUUUGAUGUAGCACACUAAAAAUCCUGGAAGUUUAUAUAACAUUUCAGACUGCUGUUGGACCAAAUUUAAGUCAAUAGCAAAACUCUAGCUAAGUUCAAUAUAUCCUGCAAUAUGUUCAGAUUGCAAAUGAGCCAUCACUAUGGUACCAAAACGUUGACUUGCUCUCUGUGUAACUGCUCCCAAGGGUUGAUCAUCUAAACCUGAUUCGCAAAAGCCUUGGCGUUCACUUCAGUGUGAUGUGAAUCAGAUCACCACAAUAUUGCUGGCUCAAAUAAAACAUGCUGUUUCCUUGCUUCUGAAAGAGCCUGGAAAAUUGGUUGCAUAAUAUUGGGAAAAUGUCUCUGUGUGUUGUUGUUGUUUUCCUCCCUGGAAGGAGAAAGUAAUAAACUGCAACAAAUUCAAUUAAUAAGUUUUUAAAAAAUGUCUAUGACUAGACAUUUAACUGCGCUGGCAAUAGUAGUGGAAUCUUGGCUUCAAGUUGAGAAUGCUGUUCAAAGGAAAUAUAGCUUUGCGCCUUAUCAUAUGUUUGUAUAAGUUAUUGCAGCUUGAUGCAAAAAAACCCAAAACCAAAACCCCAAGGCAGUGUCCUCCCUUGCACAGUUGGGCAGCUUAAAUCCCAUUGACGGCGAUGGCAUUUCAACCAUCAAACUGAGCCGGAUUAUAGCCUAAAUUCCCUUUCGAGAUGUGUAAGCGAAUCACUUGUUUUCUCUGCAGCCCCUUUCUGUCAAAAUAGUAUAAAAGUAGGGAGGGCUUUUUUCUUUUUCUUCUUCUUUUUUUUUGAAAUAGACAUCAGCAGUUUACAUGGGAGAAUGCAAGAAAGCUUUAGAUAAUAAUAAUAAAGGAAUCGUGUUCGUGCCUAGCAGAGAGCGAGGAGCUUCUAAACAAACCAGCCCUCUGCUGGCAACAGGACUUCGAAUACUGUCAAAGUUGAUGAGACUUGCUUUAAACAGGCUCCUACCGUCUGAAGCUGAAGCCUACAGAAAACAGUUUCAUGGCACAGGGCUGCUUGCUCAAACUGCUCCCCCCUCCCCUGCAAAUUUCUUCCAUCUGUUUUCUUUCUCUCUUCGGCAUAUUUCGAUCUCUACCUUUUUGCCCCUGUCCAGACUUGAAAGGGUUCUUUUCAAAACAUGCUUGUGGAGAAGAACCUAGACGUGGCAUAUCCCCCAAAAUGAUAGUGAGAUGUGAGCUAUCUCUGUGGAAGGGGACCAAUUAGGCAGAGCUCCUAUGAGCUUUGCUGUGAAUGACACUAGAAUAAAUACUACAGGGUGCUUUCAGUGUUCUGCUAUGUCUGUUAAAAUCGAGUCCAGCUUAUAAAAUGCGACCAAGAAUUGGUAGGCCUAUGUAGUAGUACAAAGUUCUCCAAAAGCAGGAAGGUGCCCUCAAACAGAAAAUGCCUCAGUUACAAUGGUUGGGUGCUUUGGUGUGUGCCUUCAUCAGUCUGUUCCGUUUGUUUAAAAUGUUUGAUUUUCCAGUGAUUCCGAACUUCCUCAAAUAGAAAAAAUAUAUAUCUGCGAAAGUGCCUAAAUAGCUAAAGGCUCCACUGAAGAAUGGGCUCUUUGAAAUUUGGGUCCCAUUCUUUGAGCUAGUGAAGUUCUUGAAAUUGUUUUUGUGUAAAACAACAACAAACCCCCAGACCUCUGGUUUCUUAGAAACAUCAGCAGCACACAAGGCGAGCUUUACCACAGCUUUAAACUUUUUGGAGCUGCUACUGUGAGGGCAGUGUUUGUUGCAAAGUAUCUGCUGGGGAGGGGGGUACCCUUUUACCUUUCGUAGAGACCCUUAGCUACUCUUUUUGAAAGACUACAGAGAGCAUGGUCUGGCUAAAAUUGGGAGGAACUGAAAGAUGUGGCUUGUGGGCUUCAUCAAGCUCCUACGUAGUGAGAUAUUUAUAAAUGAAUUCUUUUCGGGGGGAAAUUGGAUUCAGGUAAUAUACCAACUAAUGAAUUUCCCCUCAGGAUAAUUAGUAAUUAGCCGACUUGAGUGGAGCUUUCCAUCACAGAAGACUCUCUUAUGCUGCAAUCCUGUGCACAUUUACUAGGGAUAAAGUCCCAUUUAACCAAAUGGAACAAGCUCUGAACUUCAAGCCUUUAAACUUUGGCAAUGAAGAAGAAAAAUCCUAAGAAGACUUCUGACAUUUUUUCUUUUACUUUACCAGAGCUGAUGGCCAGACCUCAGGCUUCUCCAAUAUGUUUCCUUCUUUGUAGAUAAAUGAAUAGAUAAUUCAAGAUGCCUGAAUUUCUUUCUAACCAGCAUAGCAGACUCUAGGAUUUUUAUGCCACUAUCCUGAUAUCUAAUACCAUCAGCUACAGUGGGAACACUUCAUUCGUGUGCUGUUGUUUCCCUUUUCAAAUGAACAUCUGUCACGUCAGGAGUGGGGGAAGCUCAGAAUUGAAUGGCAGUUGAUCUUCACCUGUAUUAAAUAAAAUAAAUGUAUGUGAUCCUGGUGUGUAACUCUGAGCCUCCUCUUUUUCCUUGCAGGCAGCCGGGAGACAGCCUUCACGUACGCAGUCAGUGCUGCCGGUGUGGUCAAUGCCAUGAGCCGGGCCUGCCGGGAGGGGGAGCUCUCUUCCUGUGGCUGCAGCCGGGCUGCUAGGCCGAAAGAUUUACCUCGGGACUGGCUGUGGGGUGGCUGUGGGGACAACAUUGACUAUGGCUACCGUUUUGCCAAAGAGUUUGUGGAUGCCCGCGAGCGAGAGAGGAUCUACCAGAGAGGAACUUACGAAAGCGCCAGGAUCUUGAUGAAUCUUCAUAACAACGAAGCAGGGAGGAGAGUAAGUCUCACCCCCCCUCAAACCGCCGCCCCCUCCCCCCAAAAUAAUGUUUGUUCUUGCCUUUUCUUACUGUGAUGCCAAACCGUUUGCGUUCCCAAGGCCCGUUUCAAAUCUGUAGCAAUACCUGUUCCCAAACCUCUGUGUGUGGUGGGUUUUUUUUGGGUUAAAAGCAAUUUUAUUUUGAAUGAGUUUGAACAAUGGGUGAUCUCUGGAAUAUGUCUUGUUUAAAUAAGAGAGAUCUGUUAUUUCCCUUUAGAUCUGGAGGGGGAAAGGUUCCAUUUAAAUGCAACGAAUGAGAGUGGGAGAAGGAAGCCUAUCAGUAACUACUAGCUAGAAUGGCUGUGCUCUGCUGCCACAGUUGUGCUCAAAUCCUGCUUGCUGAUUUCCCCACAGGCUUCCAGUUGGCCACUGUGUGAACAGGAUGCUGGACUAGAUGGACCACUGGCCUGAUCCAGCAGGCUCUUCUCAUAUUCUUAUGUAUAAGGCAACGACAAGGGCCAUGGGUUGAUAGCCUUCCUUCAAAUGGGCUAAAUACGUACCCCCUUCCCACCUCCCUUCCAAGUUGUUCUAGUAAAAUAGUGCAAGUCACAGUGAAUUUUAUGCAGAAUAGAAUUUUAUUAGUUUAUAUUUCCAACCAAUCCAGUUUUCUUUGGAGCGGGUGACCGAAGCGCCGUAUUUUGCCGGAGUGAAAUAUUCUUGCAAGGGGGCUAUUUUCACUCUUCCUUGUGAGGUUGUGAAAAAAAACACACCCACCCAACAACCAGCUUCUCUGUAUUAUUAGAAAACAUGCUCUUCUGCGGUGGAAGUCAGUUUUUAUGGCUUUUUUAAUCUUUAAAAUCUUUUAAACGAAUGAGUGUAAACUUCAUUUUUAUUGCCCUGGAGUGGAAGGAGCCAAAGUCAUUAUUUUCCUAGAAGUGACGGUGCCAGGACUCGUCGGCUGGAGACUUUACACUUGUGUUUCAAGGUGAAUUAGGAUGAAGGAUAAUUGAAAAUUAAUAGCAUUUAAAUGUGAGAAGAAGGCAUCUGAAAGCAAUGGAAAGGCCAAUUUGCUGCUAGGCAGGAGAAAAAUGGCUUUUCACAGUUGCCCCUGUCGGCUUCGAGUGGUUCCCUGCUACCACCCCCUUUGAGCUGCCUCCCUGCGAUGGCAUUUGGCAGAGGUUGAACUCUUCCUCCUCCAUCUCCCGCCCCCCCCAAAAAACUUUCUUUUAAUGCUGGGUGGAAGUGGCAUUCAGCAUCCACCUAAUGUGUCAGACCCCAGGAUUUUUGGGGCUGUGUCAACACUGACUCAUGUCUAUUUAUACAGGGUAAAUUAUCGAGGUCUCCUUGCCAAGGCUUUACAAAGAGGAUAUUGCGGUGUAGGCCUGUCCCCCACCCAGAGGUGUUUUGGGGUUUUCUCUCUUGGAUGGAGCAACUCAGCUGCAUGCGGAGAGAUUGGUGUAGGAGGAAGCUGCCGAAUCAGGAGUGGAAAAUCUGCAGUGCGGGUGGUGUGCAGGGAGAGAGAAAAUCUGAUGCAAGUCUAGCAGCAGCAAGCCAGUCCACUGACUGGUCAGGUGGCAUUGAUUUUAGUUCUGCCGUCUUGUGUGUGGCUGAGGAUUGGCGGCAGAGCAUCUGUUUUGUGUGCAGAAGAUCUUGGGUUCAAUCCUCGGCAUCUUCAGCUUGGGCUGGGAAUGCCUCGGUCUGAAAUGGCCAGCCAGUAUGGACUUUGGAUGGGGGACCUGUAGCCCUCUAGACAUUGUUGGACUCGCAGCCAGCAGAGCCCAAUGGCCAAGGAUAAUAGGAGCUGUAGUCCAGUAACAUACACUAGAAGGAGCAACAAACUGACUUGGUAGGCAGCAUCCUAUGUUCAAGGGAAGAAGACCAUAGCUUAGUGACAUAAACCUGGCCCAACUGUUUCCCUCUCGGAAUCUCCCCUCUCUAGCUGAUCUCAGCCUGAUAUAGCUCUUUAGCCAAGGAAACGGCCACCAGUGAAUGCACAGUAUCUACCAUGCUUCUGCCUAAUCCCACAAGCUAGGUGGGCAUAUUGGGUGCUUUUCGCUAUCCAUUUGAACAAAUUUUGAAAUGGACUUCUGAUUAUGGUUUGAAGCAGUGCCUGCUCCCAUCUGACAUGACACGGUUCUUGCGUUUUUAAGAUGUGCUAGGGUGUUUGCAAGUGCAUGGUUGCUAACUGGAUGGCUGCUCCAAUAAUGGCAGUAGGAUGUGUUCGUGGGAGUCACUUGGCAUUUGCCCCUUGAACAUGACAGCCAGCAGUUCACCUCGAUAGUUUUGAGGCAAACUAAUAAUUUGCAAUACACACAGUUUGCUUGGUUUUCAAUUUGGAACAAGCCAUGGUUAUUCUUAUAAGUGAAUAUGUGUUUGAAAGAAUUGGCUAGAUGAGGUUAACAGGGAAUGUGCGAACACCCAGCGCGUUCCAGUGGCCAAACCAUUUCCCCUACUUUCUUUACAGUAAUUGUAGAUUUCAGUGGUUCUUGGAGUGGUCCAUAACAUUGGUGAUGCUGCUGCUGAUAAUGAUGAUUUUAUAAUGACAACAGUUAAAAUAAUGUCAGUUAAGACAACAGUGCUUUUAAAGUUACAGUGAGUAAUUACAAAAACAAGGGAAACAGUAGCUUAAACAAUAGAAUGCUGUCAAAGCUCCAUAGUUUGGUGGAACAGAAAAGGCACAGUGAAUAAAUAUGCUUCGAUUUUUCUUCUAAAGGAAGGGGAAGCAGUGUGCCAACUUGACCUCAAGGGGAAAAGAAUUUGACAGCUAUGGGGCCACCACUGAAAAGGCAAAACUAUUUGAACUAGGCCUGUGUAGUAUGCCGUAAUAAAUGACCUGAUUUGGUUGGGAGUUACAGAUCGCAGCAUUUUUGAAUGGCCAGAAGCUCACUCCUAUUCCAGCCAGCAUUGCCUGUGCAUGGCUUCCUUGCGCAGUUGUCACGGCCUGCUGCUACUGCUGCCUACCCUGGGUUGCCCUAACUGUUUUCCUUCCUGGUCCUGUAUUCCAGAAAGCACCAGGUGGCUGGAUCUAGGCAUCCUUUUGGUUUUCUGAGGUGUCUCUGAUCUAGUGUAGCUCUGGAGCAAUGGUGGGGGAACCCUUCUCUUCAGUCCUAGGGCCACAUUCCCUUCUAGGCCACCCUCUGGGGGCCAUAUGCUAGGAGUGGGCAGGGCCAGAGGCAAAAGGAAGUGGAGCAAGGAAUGUAAAUUGUACCUUUGUGCAGGCGAGAUCCUACACCCGCCCGCCUUCCACUGUCUAUCCUCCAUCGUCAUCAGAGUUUAAGGACACAUUCCAGCCAGGCAGAAACACUGCCAAGGGGGCAUGACUUGGAGAGAGGGGUGUAUCCUGAGGAGAGUCCCAAGAACAAAAGAGAAAUGGUGUGUGUGUGUGUGUGAGUCUCAUUUGGCCCCAGGCCUGAGGUUCCCUACCCCCUGCUCUGGGGCAUUGUGAGAAUUUAAAAGGGUGUCUAGAUCCAGCCAUGUAGUGCUUCACACAGGGCCCAGCGGCAGAAGAGAGCUCCCAGUUCCUUGCCAUACUUGGCGCCAACCCUGCCAGGCAGUAUAGAUGCUUUAGGCACCACAUGGAAAUACUCCUCAUAGCAUCAUUAGGGGACCAGUGCCAGGUGACGAGCUGCUCGCAUGCAUAUCAGGGGUGAUGUGAGGAGUUGCCCAAGAGACCCCUGAUCCAUGUAAUUCAAUGCUAUUUGACUCCUGAGACCUUUUAAUUUCCCGCCAGCAUAGCGUGUGGCCUGCCGCUGAGCUAUUGUCCCCUCUCAUCUCAGUGCCUGUCCAAGGGGCCAAGACAAAAACAUCUGUAGAGAUGUGGAGAAAAUGACCCAAUUCAUGUGGUGAGCCACGGUAUGCCAAACAGCUUUCCAUGGAGUAAUUUCAGCCUCCGUGUGGUGGCCAGACCAUUCCCCAGGAGCAUUAGGAAGACUGCAAUAUAAUCAAGAGUCUUAUAUGACAACUGGUGCUUAAUUUUUUUUGUUGUUGGCAAUUUAUUGUCCACUUUUCAUUCUUGUCCCCAUGGUUGGUGAAAGGCUUUCGGUAAAUGACAUGCUGCAAGUUGCACAGAGGGAUGUGAGCCAGACUUGUUCCUGUCUGUUAUGCACGUAUGUGUGCUAUGUAUAUAUAACUAUAAUCUCCCCUUGGGUUAUUUUUAUUAGAAAGGUGAAUAAUAAGCCUAUUAAACAAAGGAGGAGGCAGACAAACAAAUUGACAGGGAAACGUGCCAGAAGUUCCUCUUUGUGUGCUGGACGCCCCCCACUUGCCACGCUGUGCCAGUUGACUGUUAAGAACAGGUGGGGCUUUUUGUGAAGGGAAUGAAUGAAAGUAAAGCUGUUUUUAAUCAUCCUUCACAAUAAGGGCGGUGUGGUGUGUGUUUUUUUGAAGGAUCCCAACAGGGCAGUUCAGAGGUGUGUCCUGGAAGAGUGACAGCGCUGAGCCAAGGAAUGCAGUGCUGUCAAGGGGGAAUGGAUUCCCCGUUGCGAAGGCCAUGCCUCCUGCGUGUUUGUGGCGGAGGUAUAUUUUGCCCCAGACUUGCACUGACCUUCUUCCUUCUUUCCAACUCCCACCCAGACGGUGUACAGCUUGGCGGACGUGGCCUGCAAGUGCCACGGGGUGUCCGGAUCGUGCAGCUUGAAGACCUGCUGGCUGCAGCUGGCUGACUUCCGCAAGGUUGGCGACGCCUUGAAGGAGAAAUACGACAGCGCGGCAGCCAUGAAGCUCAACCCCCGGGGCAAGCUGGUGCAAGUGAACAGCCGCUUUAACGCGCCCACCAUCCACGACCUGGUGUACAUAGACCCCAGCCCCGAUUACUGUGUGCGCAACGAGAGCACCGGCUCCUUGGGCACCCAGGGGCGCCUCUGCAACAAGACUUCGGAAGGCAUGGACGGCUGCGAACUCAUGUGCUGCGGCCGGGGCUACGACCAGUUCAAGACGGUGCAGACGGAGCGCUGCCACUGCAAGUUCCACUGGUGCUGCUACGUGAAAUGCAAGAAGUGCACAGAGAUUGUGGACCAGUUUGUCUGCAAAUAGAUGGGGACGGGUGGGAAGAGCUUUUUUCCGGUCUACCAGCAGAGGGCAGUAGGGAGGGGGGAGGUUGCCCCAAGAAGGUCUCCACUCUUAUUUAUAGAGUCCAGCGGGUGCUUUCCUUGUUUGGAGAUUUUUUAAAAAAUCUUCUUCAGCAAGAAGUGAUGGGAAAGCUUGCUGCAUCCAGCUCAGACUGUGCAUAGUUUUUUAAAUAUUUUGUUUUUGUUUUGCAAUAACGUGUGGGAGAACCUGAGAGAAUAUUUAUUUUACAGGAUUUGGAAUUAAGAAAAGAAAAGAUAGAGUAGUUCAAAGGGAAAUCCAACCCACCCCCAUAUAGCCUCGUGGGACAUAGUACAAGUGCAGUAGAUGAGGUAUCCGCGUUACAUGCUUUGGAGCAGAGCAUGACCCGUAACGGCUUGGUGACAUACACAUCUGUGCAAGGUAUUUCUUCUGAGCUUUAGCAACCCAAAAGAAGCGAGACAGUCAGAUACAGCAUUGAUCCGUAUAUCUGUAACCUGUAGCUCUCCUCAACGUGGCAACUUGAAGGUGUGGGUGGAAGCAGAAUUUCCCAAAAGCCACAGUUGUGCUGCUAGGUAAUAUCUAAAGUCCCAUUGGCGUAACAUGGCGUUCCCCCAUUUAGGCUUGGGAAUUCUGUGCAAAUGCAUUGUGGGGAAUGACGCUAACCAAUAGUAGCCAGUGGGGUGGGGUGGGGCCUCCCGACACCAGUAUUGCUCACGUUUGCCUGGAUGGCACUGGAGUAGGGUGGUAGUGAGUUCAAAGCUGUAGAAACCCAUAUCGGGAGCGUGGCUCUGUAGCUCUGCCUGCCUGCAGCAGCCAUGAUGGAUGCCGGUUUUAGGGCAGGUGGACGUUGCAGUUCUCUCACCAGCACCGUCCCACAAUGCACCGUCUCGCGGGUCUCCAUUAGAAGGAAGAGGUAUCCUGAAUGGGCAAAGGCAAAAGAACCAACCAACCGAUUCCUUCAAACAGCUAGCAAACCAGGAAGAAAAAUAUCUGACUUUGACUGCACAGCGCAGAUCAAAGCAGAAUUUGGGACGUUGCCACGUCAAGUAAAACAUGCCUAUCUCACAUUAUGCACAUUUAGAAAAGCCUUUCUGCCUUACUUUAUAAGAAUAUUGAAGAGCUAUCUGUGGGAUUUCCUAAGCAGUGUGUGUGCCGGUUUGACUGUGCUGAAACUGCAGCUGCAUUUGUGUGUGCAGUCUGCAAAGUCCUUAAAAACAAUAAUAAUAAAUUCAAAACUAAUUCUUUCUUUUUAAAGUGUUGUGCGUAGUCAGUUCCCUUUUUAAAAAAUCAGUUGACUGAUAGCAUUGCGGAAUUUGGGGAAAUGCUGAGUUGAUGAUAACGCCGCGUGGUACUUCUUUUUCUAAAGUGCUGUUACAAUUCAAAGUGCCGUGUGGCAGCAACGCCUAAGUGAUCAUCCUGUGUCUUUUUCAUUUUAAUGCACAAUGCUUUAGAAAUAUAUUGCAGCUAUGCACAAACUGCUCAAACUGUACUUGAGCAAUUAUAUAUGGGAAAACUAUGGUCUGCUGGUGUCUGGUAUCUUGAACCUUUUUUAAAAAAUACAAUCAUAUUAUCAGGACAAACUACAAACUUAUGAUUUCUUUUUUUAAAAGAAAAAAGAAAAAAACCAAUAGCACAACAGUACAAAAGGCUUUCCAUUUGCCAGGACAGUUUCUUCGUUUAGACUGAACUUGUUGCUAUCUGCCCCCCACCCCGGUCCACAUUUAAAAUAGCACACACUAACAAAGUUGGGUUUUUAAAAAACAAAAGUCAGGUUGGGUGUUUUUGUUUUUUGCAGGCUUUCACAACACAUGGGUGUUGAAGGGUAAGUCAAUCACAAAUUAAUCAACACUUUUUAAAAUUCCUCCCAGAACAUAGUAUCUUUCUGCUCAAUUCAGUGAAAGCUCCUGUAUACCCUCUACAGUUGGUUAUGUUUGGGGACUGUACGUGCUUGAUGCGUGAGUUUGCAAUGAUUUGGAGCAGACUUCCACAACCUACUGCCCUCCAAAUGUUUGGGAUGGCAACUCCCAUCAGCCCCAGCCAGCAGGGCCAUUGGGAGUUGAAAUUCCAAGCUUUUAGACUGUUGGUGCCAACACAGAGCGCCAAUGCUUAAAAGUUUGCACUGGUUACCCUUAUGCAACUGAGCUGAGUUCAAGGCCAUUUAACUACUUGGGCCCAAGAUAUCCAAAGGACCACCUCAUAUUGCAUAUCCCUGUUUGAUCACUAGCUUAUUAGUGGUCCCCUGUGGCUCAGGUGCUGAGAUUGUGUCUACCAGGAGACAUGCUUUCAGAGUUGUACGUCCAGCUGUGGAGUUUCCUCCCAGCUGAGAUCAGACCUGUUGACCUCCUGGUCCCUUGGUGAAGACUUUUUCGCAUUGCAGCAGGUGUUUUAAGUGAUCUUACAGUCAGUUGCAACUGAUUUUGAGAUGUGUGCUGUAUCCCUCUUGUACACCGCUUAGAAAUCUGGAGGGCACCAGGCUGGGGGAAGCUUGCUUAGAAGCGUUCUCUUUCUGCAACGCUGUCAUUGCGGAUAAUGGAAAUGAGAGACACAAAUGCAUCUUAACACAAACGGCCCAUGUUAAUUUUUUUAAAAAGGCAGUCUUAGCUCUUGCCUUUGCCACAACCCCAGUGCUGCCUUUUCAUUCCUUGAAAGACCUCUGCUCUUCCCCUAAAUCAUCCUGUCCAAUACAUAUAAGCAGAUUGCAAUGAAUUCCAGGCUUCCAUAUUAGCAUUACCAUUUUAGAAGCUUUACUUUUUCAAAAUUCUGUGAGCUGUCUCAUUAAUGCCAUCAGGAUUAUCAGCUUUCCAAAUGAUGAUUGCUCUUAAUUUAUUGUGCAAGGGUAUAUUUAACUUCCCUGGUUCCUGGUGUCUGCAAACCAAUGUCAACUUAAAAAUAAAAUGAAAUAAAGCACUAGUUCACUGAAUAUGUCACUUUUGGUUUUUAUUAUACAAAAACCAUAAUCCUUUUUCUAAAAAAAUAUGUUGAAUCACGUAUUCUUUAUAGCGACUCCUGUCUGUGAGAGCAGACAGGAGUCUAAUGAUCCUAGCUAUUAAAAUGCUAUUUAAUGUAAAAUAUUUCACUUGUGUUCUUCAGAUAUUAUGUAAAUCUACUAUGUCCUCUUCUUUGUUCUGUACAUUUAAUGUACAUAUUUUCGUCUCGUGUGAUUUGUAUAUUUCACUGGUUUUUUUAAAAAAGGCUUAUGCCGUAACGGAAAAUAGACUAUAAAAAUAAAAUGUUGGUUAUAU